GAACCGCACUGAAAAACAUUAGAAGAGUAGAUCCGAUACAAUGUUGUGUAAAAUAAUGAUAGAAACUUUAUAUUGUAAAGUACCUCCUACACUGCUGUGAAGGCUAUAUUAGCAUUAUUUUCUUCGCACCGAUUGACUGACCGGUUUCUUUUGAAGUACUCAGACUGGAUUGUCAGGAAUGCUGAUGUUCAGGACACGGAAUUGAUCUGAGCUGAAUUGGACUAGACAUGACUGCUGGCUCCAUUGCUGUUCCGCACAUCAUUCCUAUUCGAGCUCCCCUGCCCGGGCGAGCCAAGCACCAUGUAGACACCACUACACCUCUGGAAAUUAAGUCAGAUACUCCGGAUGUGACCAUUUACUACACACUGGAUGGCAGUAAACCUGAAGCCGAGAGGAGAUCUGGGCCUGGAGAGAGCAGCACCCUGGAGUAUAAGGGGCCCAUAUACCUCCCAAAAGGAAAAGUAUAUGUAAAAGCUGUAGCCACUACUAGGGAUGGUAGGGAGAGCAGCGUUGUCUCCAAGUUAUUUUUGGUACACUAUGUCCCCUCAAAUGAGCCUGUGAGCACAGAAGAUGGUAAAGAAAAAGGUCUUAAGGAUUAUGCUCAUAACCUUUCCAAACAGCAGGAGACUCUUGAAGGAAGUGUGGCGUUUUUAAACACAGCAAAUGGAGUAGAGAGUCUUGGGGAAAACACCUUAAAGGAACAUCAUGCGAUGAAGGUCAAAGCUGGUGACUCAAGCAAGUCUUCCAAAUCCCCAGAUUUCCAUAAAACUUUGGGAUCCCAGUCCUCCAGAUCACAAACUCAGAACCUGCAAGCAGAGAUUCUUCCUGGGAAAACCUUAACAAACACCCAGAUGUCAAGAAUCCAGCGGGAGACGGAUUUCCUGAGGUGUGCUCAGUGCUUGUCCCUUCGGCCGUCAGAUCCCUUUGCCCGUUUCUGCCUUCAGUGCGGUGCCCCGGUGCCCCCCAUACCAGGACAGCGUUUACCCCCCACGGAGGGGGCGCAGACUGGGCUGUGUGCCUGCUGCAAGGCGACAGUGCCCGUGAACACACCCAUCUGCGUGGUCUGUGAAGCACCCAUGGCUCCUCAGCUCCAGCCUCAGGCCAGUUUGAGGCUCCAAGACAAGGUGAUCUGUCAGUCAUGUGGGACAGGUAACCCUGCGCACAUUGACCUCUGCGUUACCUGUGAGACGAAACUGCCAGAGUUGCCAGCUACUGUGCCAAGUGGCCAGAGAGCUCCUGCUCCGUCCAAAGCGCACGGCAAGAUGGUCUCCUGCCACAAGUGCAGCAGAGUCAAUAGCUCAGAUGCUCGCUUCUGCGACUGGUGUGGAGCCAAGGUCAUCCCGUCUGGCAGCCACCUGACGUGCCCCCGCUGUGGGGCGAGCGGUCACCCGUACGCAAACUUCUGCGGCUGCUGCGGCGUUUUCCUGGAAGGACCCUUGAGACUAGACCUUCAACCGGGCACAGCACGGGAAGAGCACCAGAUGGGCAUCUCUCAGUCAGACAGCACCAUGGGGCGCCCCAUGCCCUCGGCUCCUGUCCGCACACGGGCCGCAACCCCUGCGCCGACUCUUGUGGAUCGGCACACGCAGACGGUUGGGUUGUUUUUCCCAUCGGGCACAAUGCUUCAAAAGAAGCAUGAGCAGAUCAUACAGGAAAUGGCAAAACAAGGACAGAUGAGGGACCGCAGACCCCUGCUGUCUGCCAUCAGCCCAGGGAGGGGCUAUUGGAGGAAACAGCUUGACCACAUCUGUGCACAUCUCCGCAGCUACGCUCUGAAUAACCCAGACUUCCGCGCUUUAAUUGGGGAACCGCGCAUGGGAAAGAUAAUUUCGUCAGUUGUUCAGGAGGACAACGGUGAAGUCAGUCUGAGGAUCAACUUUGUGUCGGCUGCUGCUGAAGAACAGGGAGGAUUCAAGGAAAAGUUCCUGGAUCUACUGGAAAACCACACCUUGAGCAGCGUCACAGGUGACAGAAAAGGCCUGUCGGGCAGUCAGAGCAGCUUGGGUGAGCAGAAAAGAAACAAGAACAACAUUAAGAAGAUCAGCAUCUUCCAGAACGAGGAGAAAGUGCUAGAAUCUAAAGACAAACAGCUUCUUAUGGAGGUAGGACCUGAGGGUAAAGGACAAAUCUCAGUGGUGCAGCAGCUACUGGAUGAAGGUGCAGAUCCAUCAUGUCAGGACAGCAAAGGCCUUCCGGCACUGACUGUAGCGGUGGUGAAUCAGCAUCAUGAGGUCAUCCCCUUGCUGGUGCAAAAGGGAGCUGACAUUGAUGAGCAGUCAGGACCGAUGAACAACACAGCCUUGCAUGAGGCAGCAGCCUGUGGAAAUCAUGGUCUUCAGUGUGCUGAGAUUUUGCUGGGCUGCAAUGCAAGCACCCGGAGGAAGAACAACUUGGGUCUCACAGCAUAUGACUUGGCAGUCAAAUGCGGAUGCAGCCGUCUGGUGUCACUGAUCACAGAAAAGAAUGGUCAGGACAUGCUGGACCUUUCCAAUUCCAGAACCAACAGGAGUCUAGAUGUGUUCUGAGAUUGUUGCCCUCUUUCUUCAGAAUAACCCUUAUAAACAACCCCUGGACAGAAGGCAUUGGUUAAAAAAAAAAAAAAAAAAAAGAAAACAUGCAGUAGAUUAGAACAAAACCUUCAGAGUAAAUUUAACUGGUUGGCUGUUCCUGGGUAUUUUAACAUGACACAGGAAAGAAUUUUUUCUAAACACUGAACCAGAUGUGUCAGGACUGUGAAGUAACCAGGUGCAGGGGGCAACAGGGGGACUUUCAGGAUUUUCUGGCCAUGUUUACAGAAACACAAACACGAGUCAAGGAAAAAAGCUGGAGAGUAAAAACACAAGAAUCAAUUGGCCACAUAUGAUACUUGGUUCUUCAUAACAUCUUGCUGAUAAACUGUCACUCACUGUCAGGAGGUGAAGAUGUCUGUUGGCCAAAAGCAUGUUCUGCUGCCAGGUGUGUUGAAGUAUUCUUACUUUUUUUAUUAUUUCAAUAUGAUUUUCUCUUUUACUAUACUAUUGUUUUACUUUUAAUUAUUCUUUAGUUAUUGUCACAUUUUUCUCCAUGUGGUAUUCAUUUGUCCUGUAUUAUUUUACCCCAUUAUAUCUUACUCGUGUGCCCUUUCUUUUCUUUGGUGAGAAUAUGCAUAUAUUAAAGAGAUAAUAAAACAGAAGUCCUCAGACUCACUCACACCCUGUCCACAAUGUCCAGUGCUUCAUACACCACGUUUUUAAGAUUAGUUCUCUAGAACCUCGACUUUGCAUAGGUUAAGAGAUUGAUGAAAAUGGAAUAAAGUCAUACUGCAAAUUUUAAUUAAUUAUAUCUAUCCAUUUUUAUAGAACCUAGCCUAU